UAUUGGUGUUGAAGUAGUUGCGUUGUUUACUCACUUGAAUGUAUUAUUCAUUUUCAAAUGAUGGAUCUGUUUGACUUAACAGCUUCAUCCCUGCUAAUCUGUUAACAAGAGCAAGACAGCAACACAAGCUAGAUCCCAUUUCUUUGCUGCGUAAUCAAGGCUAUAAUCAGUCCUUUCUUUUGCAGCAGACAGCCAUCUCAGGUGGCCAGGUGUCAGAGUGAGAAAAAACAAAAAAAACAAACUCACUGCACACCUGAAUCUCAUCUGUGAAAAGGAUGAUGAGGAAGUGGCCAUGUAACAGAAACACAACGUGAAGCUCUUGUGUGUGCAGGAGCCGUCCUACCAAAGUUGGCAAACAAUACAGCUCUGGCUCUGCAAAAAGAGACCCUCUAAAAUAUAAAUGAGGAAAUCCACACCUGUUUCCAAGUAACCAAGGCAGGUAGAAUGUACUGUGACGAAUGCCAGUGCAUGUGCAUUCACACUUGUUGUUUGGCUUCAUGCACGAGCAACACGAUUUCCUAGUUUUACCUGUGCAAGACGCCGUGUUGGAACGGCAGCUGCCGCUAACCUGUUUGUCCUGAAGAAAUAGACCAAAGCUGAUCAAAGGGAGAGUAUGAGAAUACUCCAACGUUCGUUCUGAAGAGGUUUUCUGUGUUUGCCGCCCGCUGAACGUUUUCCCACAUGGAAACAGGUCUGCUGAGGCCCAACUGAGACGUCCUGAAGCUGGAAGCAGAGACUCGGUGGAGGGUGGGCGACUUGGAGCGGCAGAGGUCUUCACAGGUGUUUCCUCUGAGCGUUGAGCAUCAGUUUGUGCAAACAUGAAUCCCAUGUGGAAGGUGUAUAAAGGCAAAGUGAUGAAGACUCUGAAUCCUGAGUAUGAGGAGGAUACUGCAGAGGAGGUCACAGAGGUAGAACAUGACAUGAGUCCAAUACAGGAGGAUGAAGGGCCCAACGCCGUCUCUCAGCUGGCCAGAAAGAUGCAGGGGGCCGGCGCUAAGAGCUGGAACAGGUUUUCGUCUCUCUUCAACAAAGAGGAUGAGCACCAGCUUCUGGAGGAGACCGAGUGCCCGCCUGUCGCUGACCACCCUCUCGCAGCAAAACCUGAAGAACCUCCUCGACCGACCAGGCGCAGUGGAUUCUGGGAUAGUUUCGCAACCAACUUUGCUGCAAAGAAGCAGGCCGAAGCUGCUGCUGCAGCAGCUGCAGCAGCAAACGAGGGUGUGGCAGAGUCAGGUGAGGAAGGAGAGACUCAGGCCGCAGGGGAGGAGCAGCAGGUCGGCCCGGCUGAGGAGACGGAAGCGGGAAGCAGCAGCAGCAGCAACAACAGCUUCUCUAAAUAUGUGACGCUGGGAGGGAGCGGCGAGGACGCCUCCUUUAAGUGGAACUUUGUUACCAGCAAGCUGGCAGAGCUGAAAACCAAGGGCAUGGUGAAUAAGACCAACUGAUCGCUACAAAGGUGUCUCCUAACAUUCUUACAAAAUGUUACAGCAAAUCGUAUUUAGUUUAACUUUAUUUCAUUAUAAUCUCAUUUGAUUGUUUUCAGGUCUUAAAGGUAAAAAGACAUUAAAACUUUUUUUUUUUAUUUCAAUCAAUGAACCAUGAAAGGUGGGACGUGGUGUGUAUAGACAUUGAUCCUGGACUAAAUUUUAAACUGUGGAUUACUUCUACUUGCAGAAUAAAUGUUGAGUCUACUUAUUUAAAAAAAAAAAAAGCCUAAGUGUUAAUCUUGCAACAAUUGAAUUUGUGUCUCAGUAACAGGGCAGGAGAAGUGUGCAUUCCUCUCUCCUAGUUUCGAUAAAGUGCUGCUUGCACCGUUCCAUGAUGUGAGCUAAGCGGAGGUUUAUUGUUGUUUUCAGAAACGCUUGAAAACUUUAAAAUGGAGUUUGUGUGCGGUCAUAUUUUCCACCACAGUGCUUCUUCAAACAAAAGGGGCCCAUCUACCUUUCAACAAAUCUAACCUAAUCCGUAGUUUAGGAGAAAACUGGAUUAAAAGAUUAAAGGCAACGUUAGCUGGAUUAGCCGAGGAUCAGAUCACUUAACCUGUUCACAGAGAGAAUUACAGCUAAAAGGUCUUUAAUUCUGGUGAGACCCUUUAUAUGGGCACGCACUUUCUAAGAACUUCUUCCUUUGUGAUGUGAAAUGAAAGACUAAAAUGUGUGUUUGGUCAUAAAAUCUGAAACCAUGACUUGAAUUUUCUAAUCUUUGACUGAGACUGAAAUGUGCAAUGUGUGAAUUGUUUUGUUUGUGAUGGGGGGAAAUUGGCUGAUGUUCUUACUUUGGUGUCUUUUGGGUUUUGACUUGUAUGUUUCUUUUGUUUUUGAUCCUGAUAUGACAAAAUAAAGACCGUUUUCCCUGAA